UGAGUGGACACGACACGGUGCAAUAGGUGUGCAGAGGGUGGACAAGAAUGUGGGGAGCAAAUGAGAGGAUAACAUGGAAAAAUGGUCUGGGGUGGACUACAACCCAUCUCAACCAGGUGAACAGAUCAACCAGUGCUGGAGUGAUGACUGACCAUGCAGCACUUUGGAACAAAUGAGUGAAGUUUACGCAUGCAGAAGAUGCAAGAAGUUGCACAUUUAAUUUGAUUACCUUUGAGUACUAAAAUAUGCUGCAAAGGGUUUUAUCUACAAUGGGUUCUUAAAAUUGCUGCAAGACAAUCGCUUUCAACAAUUUUGCUGACAGGAUCUCUUGGUGGGAGUCAGUGAGUGGGGGCCGGCAUGUGGCCCCCUGAUCUAGGGCCUCCAGAUGUGCAGCUGACUCUUCCUGGUUUCGGGAGUGUGUUUGAGGAUGCUGAGGAUCUUCAGGCACCGCUGUCUUCUGGUGGCUUCUGCCAGCCGUCAAUCCAUUCAGGAGGCCUCUGCUGUCUUCCCAGGACCUCGCUGCCACUCUCCUCGCUUGGGCGUGACCUCACCUCCCUACUUAGCUGUAAGACAGCCGGAUCCCACAUAGAAAAGACCAUGGAGGACUUUGCCACUACAGCUCACACAGACACCCAAAACAGCACCCCAAGGUUCAGCUGCUAUCCUCAACCUUCCCUCCCAAUUUCCUACAUGCUCAAUAGCAGUGCCACAUCUUCAUCUAUUGCCUCACCACCUUCCUCUCUUUCCUCUGCCUCUUCAUCUCUACUUUUUGCCUCUUGCCUGCCUCUUACUGAUGCUAACAUCAAAUUGUUGCAACAACAAAAGCCACAGGAGGAGUAUUGCUCUAUAAAACAAGAACCUGCAGAAGAUUUCUUGCCAUGUAAGAGAGAGCCGUUUCAAAUGAACAACAAGCAGGGAGAGCUGUUCAAUUUAAGUCAGGCCCUUCAAGGAUACAGUUACCAGGACAGCACCCAGUCCCCUCUUCAGUCCCCCAUGAUUAACGGACCCGUGGGACAGGACCCCACGCUGGACCAGCAGGAGCAGCCGUGUCAUUGGAUUGACUGCAGUGCCACUUACAGCAGCCAAGAGGAGCUGGUGAGGCACAUCGAGAAGGUGCACAUCGAUCAGAGAAAAGGGGAGGAGUUUGCAUGUUUCUGGACUGGCUGUGUGAGACGCCACAAACCAUUCAACGCGCGCUACAAGCUGCUCAUCCACAUGAGGGUCCAUUCUGGAGAAAAACCCAACAAAUGCAUGUUUGAGGGCUGCUCCAAGGCGUUUUCCCGUCUGGAGAACCUCAAGAUCCACCUGAGGAGCCACACAGGAGAGAAACCCUACAUCUGCCAGCACCCUGGCUGCCUCAAGGCUUUCAGCAACUCCAGCGACCGUGCUAAACACCAGCGCACACACCUAGACACGAAGCCAUAUGCCUGUCAGAUACCGGGAUGCACCAAGCGCUACACUGACCCCAGCUCGUUACGAAAGCACGUCAAAGCUCAUUCAGCCAAAGGCCUUCAGGAAAAGGAGGUCAAGGUUCAGGUGCGUACGAUGCUGGAAUCUGAUAUCUUAAGUGACUGUCUGGCGCGGCAGCAUCUCCACAGCUCUGCCUCUUCCCACCAAGAAAACAGCUCACCUUUACCAGCUUUAGAUGACUUCACAGGUGUGUACAGAAACAGCAGCACUGCCCACAGUAGGGGGAAUUCAGAGUUUCUGCCUCCAUCAGCAGGCUCAAGGUAUCCAGGCCUGGAGGGAAACUUUGAUGCUAAUAGCCCAAUAUCUUCAGUAACAAGCCCAGGGAGCAUGAGCGAGGGGAACAGACCAACAUCCUUGUUUGUGUCUGCUGAUGUGAUCCCAGUGAGUCCCUGCUCAGACAGAGUGGACGUCCGGCUGCAGGGCUUACAGAAAACCUACAACCACCAACAGCAAGUGUUCUCACAGCAACAAGGCUGUCUGUAUGGAGAAGGAAAGAUGGCUCAACCACCCAGCAAUGGUGGUUUUGAACCUGCAAGUUACUUCACCAACCAGCCCACCUCCCACUCUGCAGGGUUUGACUUGCUGCAGGACCUGCAGGGUCAGGCCGGGGGCGGUUACUCCAUGUCUCCCUGCCCAGACGACAGCUUCCUCUUCCAGGCAGGUGGCGCCGACCGCUGCCUCAAUCAGAUCUACUCCAUCUACCUGGACUCAUGAUGGCCAUCCAGAAAGACGACUGACAAUCAUUCAGACCAACCCUAUGCUGUAUAUCUAAGGAUCGUUUUAUCAGCGUUGUUCUUCUUUUUGGCAUGAAAUGUCACACGUCAGUGGGAGUAUUAAUGGUACAGAAAUAACUAGAGGCUGAGAAACUGUGGAUCAGCACAAAUAUAAACAAAUGGCCAAAAGAGGAAGUCUGUUGAAAUCACCAAGGUACAGUACUGUGCAAAAGUCUUGAGCCACCUCAAUUUCCUUAAAUUUUGUUUGGAAAAUGGGAAAUAAGUGCAGCAAUUUGUUGAAAUGGAAAUACGGUCUAUAAGGUAAAAACAGUCUGUUCAAUUUUAACAAGCUUGGAAGUAAAUAUUUUGUAUGACCAUGCAGCCUGAACCCUCUUAGGCAAUCUUUCUUAUCUUUUCUUUAAGUAGUCUUCAGGAAUACAUUCAAAGCUCUUCUUUGGAUGUUGGCGUUUUGUUCUGUGCUCUGUUAAGAUGAUCCCACACUGCUUCAGUAUUGUUGAGGUCCGGGCUCUGGGGAUGCUGAUCCAUGAGUGUUCCAUUGUGUGUUUUUCUAUCCAGGUAUGCUUUUACUUCACUGGCAGUGUGUUUAGGAUCACUGUCAUUCUGAAACAUUAAGCCAUUGCCAAUCAGAUGCUUUCCAGAUGGUAUUGCAUGGUGGAUCAAAAUCUGAUGGUACUUCUCUAAGUUCAUAAUUCCAUCAGUUUUGACC